CCCUCUCCUCAGUCCUCACAAUGGAGAAGUCAACAAGACCUCACAUAUUGGUUUUACCCUUUCCAGCAGAAGGCCACAUCAAACCCAUGUUUAACCUAGCCAAACUUCUUUCCCACAGAGGCCACAGAAUCACCUUCGUGAACACACAUCACAACCACAAUCGCCUCCUCCAAUUCACGGACUUGCCAUCGUUCCACACCCAAUUCCCCCAUUUCCACUUUGCAUCCAUCACCGACGGCGUGCCCGUUGACCUUCCUCCGAACGAGUUUGAACUGUUGAUCUCUCCGAGCAGCAGGUCCCAGGUUGCCAAAGAGUUCCGAGAUCUGUUGUGGGGCUUUGUGGAGAAACCUCGUCGGUGGGACCCACCUUGUUGCAUCAUUGCCGAUGGGAUUAUGUCAACGGUUUCUAUGAACGUUGCUCAAGAGUUGGGGGUUCCCGUGAUUACUUUCCGAACCUACAGU